AGGACCGCAGUCUGGUGUACAACGGGUUCUUGGGAUUGUUCCCGCAAUGAUUUCAAUGAGGUGUCAACGCUUCGAGCACUGGUAAAGCCAAGAUGCAAGACCUGCUGGUCUACAAAAGGAUAAUAGCGUAGCAUUGAUCCAACUAUGUAUUCUCGAUUUUGUCAGCUGCAGUGCUCUAUGCCCCUCGACGCGUGUCACUAGCGCGAUGGAGCUACACGACACGAAUGAACACCACUGUCUAAUUACCAAACUGGAGCUUGUUCCAUUGCCAACAGUGCAAGCACGACACUCCAUGAUAUUUGUCUGAAGUAGUGUCAGCCUUGAAGUUUCGACUCCAGAAAAAUCCGCAGUUGCAACAAUUCUGGCCGCGAAUCGCGAGCGCACAGGGUCAAUGCAGGCCUCCACUGGACUCCAUGCCUGCACCUUCCUUCACUUCUGCUGAAUACGACCCCAUCGACCACCUGAAUGCCAUCUUCUCGCACCCCGCAGCGCUCGCGUCUGUGUCAGCCACCUCCGAGGCCCUCCGCAGUUACCAGGAUGAUCUGGACGAGGACAUUGUCGACGUCGCCGCCUCACAGUCGGCCUCUGACGCCGACAGCGUGCAGCGCAUCCAGGCGGCCAAGGCAGAGCUGGCCGAUCUGUUCACCAAGAUCGAGAGUGUGCGCGAGCGGGCCAUGCAGACGGAGCAGACCAUCACCGACAUGACAGCCGAUAUCAAGCGUCUGGACAGCACAAAGCGCAACCUCACUCUCUCCAUGACGGCACUCAAGCGCCUACAAAUGCUGACGACGGCCUACGAGCAGUUGCGGAGCCUGAGCAAGUCGCGCCAGUACAGAGAAUGCGCGCAGCUGCUGCAGGCUGUCAUACAGCUGGUCGCACACUUCAAGAGCUACCGCUCCAUAGACCAAAUUGCCACGUUGAGUCGCAAUGUGGCUGAUCUGCAGGGCGAGCUGCUCGAGCAGGUGUGCGAGGACUUCGAGGUUGCGUUUGCCAAGAGUGAGGUUCCGCAGCGCAAGGCUAUGCUCGCAGAGGCUUGUCUGGUCAUAGAUGCGCUUGGUGAUCAUGCCCGCAUACGCCUUGUCAACUGGUACUGCAACACUCAGCUCCGCGAGUACAGACAGGUUUUCCGCGGGAACGAUGAAGCCGGCUCGUUAGACAAUAUCUCGAGGAGAUAUUCGUGGUUCAAUCGCAUGAUGAAGACAUAUGAUGUUGAGCACGCCUCAAUAUUCCCACCCUAUUGGAGAGUGAAUGACAUGCUUGCCAACUCCUUUUGCGAAGGCACACGGGACGACUUCAAGGCUAUCCUGCAGCGUUCGAUGCGAAAAGGAGAAGGUCAGACUUUGGACGUGGACAUGCUUCUCUCGUGUCUACAGGAGACACUAGACUUCGAGCACAGUCUGGAACGUCGCUUUGCUACUGAGUCCCGCUCUUCCGUCGAUACCAUGGCAUCCAAGGAUGACAGGCCGCAUGGAUUUACUCAGAUCAUCUCUGAAGCGUUCGAGCCUUACAUGAGCCUUUGGGUUGAGUCUCAGGACAAGCAACUUGCAACUCUAAUCCCAAAGUACCGUCAGCAACCACUCAGAAAUACCGAGGAGGAUUUCUCACCCCAAGCUGUUAUUCCUUCAUCGACAGAGCUAUUCCACUUCUACCGUCUCACAUUGGCGCAAUGUGCCAAGCUCUCGACCGGAACCAGACUGUUGGAGCUUUCUACCACGUUUGCCAAAUACCUGGAUCAGUAUGGCCGACAGGUGCUAUACUACUUCCUCGGUGAAAAGCCAGGGGCGCAGGGGCCUUCUUUGGAAGACGCAAUUCUCAUCCUUAACACUGCAGACUAUUGCUAUGCUACCUGCAAUCAACUAGAGGAGAAAAUCAAGGGACGAAUCGACGAGGAAUUCAAGUCAAAGGUCGACCUGCAGAACCAGGCCGAUGCUUUCAUGGGCAUUGCUAGUGCAACAGUACGUGUGCUGGUCCGAAAAGUUGAGAUAGCCUGCGAGCCUAGUUGGAGAGAGAUGCGCAACACACCCUGGAGCAAGCUCGAAAGUGUGGGUGACCAGAGUUCGUACGUUGCGGAGCUCCUGCAUCACGUCAAAGACACAUCAGCCGAAAUUACAAAAUACCUUCAUAAGCAGCAAUACGCACGAGCGUUCUGCGAUAGUGUCGUCGAUCUCAUGGCUGCCACGUACAUUGCGAACAUUGUACAAAGUAAGCCGAUCUCAGAAGCCGGUGCGGAGCAGAUGUUGCUUGAUUCCUAUGUCUUAAAGAAGGGCUUCACUGAGCUUCCGAUUCUCAACGAGGAUCCUGGGACAGCACCGCCAGCAGGCUUCGUCAAACGUGCAAACCAAGCCAUGAGCAGAAUUGACCCCCUACUCAAGACUCUCCAAGUCCGCCCCUCCCCCCCAGAAGCUCUCGUGCAAGCCUACCUCAUCCACAUCGCCGACAAGUCCGACACCAAUUUCCGCAAGAUUCUCGAACUCAAGGGGAUCCGCAAGGCCGAGCAAACACAACUCCUUGACCUCUUUGCCGCCUUUCGUGCCUCACCCAACCACGAGAAUUUGGUGGAGAACUCACCUCUACUCACGCCCAUGCAAAUGCAACCUACACACACAAGUGCCGGAAGUAUCGGUGGCGUGCCAGGCGCUCGCUUUGACCCCACCGGUCUGGGCAACAUGCUUGUCAACGCCGCGAGAGACGGGGUGGAUCGAUUCGGCAGUCCGGCGCCGCAGAUAGUAGCGGAGGACGCGAAGGCGAGUGUGAACGAGAAUUUGAAAAACAUUGGGAAGUUUUUCAGGAGAGAUGUUGGGGGGUUUAGAGGGUUUGGUCGGGGCGAGGAUGGCAAAUGAUGUGGCAUGAUGGAUGAUGUAUGGUAAUGAGAUGGACGGUUGCUCGGAUGAGUAGCCCGCUUCCGAUAGCAAACGCUUAUUCACAUGGACUGCAGUUUGCCAUGUGACUUUGUAUCUGUCACGUCUUGGUACGCAUACACGCUACGAACGGUGAUGGUGCAUCGUUGUAUAGGCUUGUGAGGUACCUGGCAUGUCGCGCUGUUUCUAACACUCCACACAGUCCUUUGUAGUACGUACGUGUCGACAUCGGAGUACAUUGAUGUUCAGCACACGGUAG